CCUGGUGUUGCAUUCAACUUUCCUUCUAUGCAUUGGGACAAGGGAUGUUACCAUCUGAUGGUCGUGGCCUGCUCCAUCUCAAGCGGCAGUUUCAGUUAAGAUGAAAGACUGGACUCCGCCUACCGAUAAGUGACAAUCUCUAAUGAUGACAUCACGUUUCGCAACGAAUCUAUGUUUACAGCUCUGUUUGGUACUGUCAACAGCUCCAGCAGCGCGGUGGGCUGUUGAACAAACAGACACAGAAAACUGUGGCCACGUGGUGUACGAGCGAUGCUGCGAUAAUUUAUGUUGGUGUGGAUCUGAGUGUGUUCGUUGUGUAGACAAUGGGGUGAAACUUGUAUAUAUUCCAGAAUUGCCUCCAUCAACAAAAUUCCUGAACUUCUCAUCCAACCUCCUUGGGAGCAUAAGCCGAGAGACUUUUGGCAACAUAACCAAUCUGUCCCUGAGAGUGUUACUUCUGAGAAAUAACAGUAUACUACACGUAACAAGUGAUGCUUUUGAGGACCUGGUUCAUCUGCAGCUUUUGGAUCUAAGUGUAAACGAUAUUCCUCAAAUGGACCUUCAAUAUGCAUUUUAUAGUUUACAGGACACAGUUUAUACACUUAAGAUCAGCGACAACAACGAAAUUACUAACGUUUCAGAAGAAUUUAUUGGUGGAUUGGCGCAUUUAAAGCUUAAGGGUUUAUCUUUGAACACCAAUCAUAUUAGGAGUUUGAACCUUUCAGUGUUCCAUGUACUUAAAUCCCUAGUAUAUCUAUAUGUGGGGUAUAAUGGGCUCACUGAGACAGAAGGUCAGGUGCCAUUUCAAUUGCGAAAACUGGAUAUGCGUGCAAAUCUUCUAUCCGAAAUUCCCCGCUUUUGUGUUGACGGGCACACCUCCCAGUUGACAUACUUAGAUUUAAGUAACAACCUUAUUAGAUGCAUGUCACCUUCAAGCUUUCAGUGUCUGGCGAAGCUGAACUUCCUAUAUUCUACCAGAAACGAUGUCGUUAGGAUCUAUACAAAUACAUUUUCUCAUUUCCAUUGGCCUUUAAGUAUCACCUUAGAUAAUGUUUUGAGUACCAUUAUGAGUCAAAGUAACGCUAAUCCUCACAUAGACGAGUUUGCAUUCAAUACCACUGCAUUAAGAGAUCUUGCUCUUACCAACCUUCACGGAGAAUUCCAUGUGGUAACUAGCAUGAAAGCCUUGGUGGGAUGCACCAGAUUAGAUAGACUGGACAUUUCCUACAAUAACAUGCCAUAUGCAAACAAGACCUUUAUGGAAGGCUUUCUUGGGACUCUGCACAUGUUACGGCACCUUAAGAUGGCACAGUGCGAGCUGUAUCGGUUCCCAAGUGUCGUUGCAAAUAAUCUCACCCAACUCGAGACAAUCGACCUACAUCAAAACAGAAUAUCCGAGCUAAACCCUGGACUGUUCAACAAGUUGAAGAAACUCAAAUACAUUAACCUCAGCAAGAACUCCAUCACAGUCUUGAUUGAAGCAACGUUCCCUCGCGAGUUGAGACACCAACUCUUUAACGUGAACCUUGCUUACAAUGAGCUGUCCUGCAUUUGUACCAACCUCUGGUUUAUCCAGUGGAUAAUGCAUGAGCACACGAAGUUUAUAGAUUACCCACAGGGUUAUACAUGUACGUAUCCGAAGCACAGAGACAAAAUUCGUCUCAUCGAUGCUCAUUUAUCUGAACAGAUCUGUCGUGUGUCACAGGUGAUGUUUCCUGUAAUAUUUGGUGCAUCCGGAACACUCAUUCUGUUCAUAUUGGUUCUAUCCUUUGGCUAUCGAUGGCGCUGGCACAUACGUUAUUACAUCUAUAUGUUGAGAUACAGGAACAGGCUAGCAUGCGAUGAGGAACCGGGGAGAUUCAUCUAUGAUGCCUUUGUUUUAUAUUGUGAAGAUGAUUCCAGAUGGGUACGGAAUGAUCUGAUCCCUAAAAUUGAAGAGGAAGCUAAUCUGAAGUUAUGUAUUCAUGAGAGAGAUUUCAUCCCCGGUCGCUACAUAGUUGACAAUAUUGUCAACAGUCUGGAAAACAGUAGACAAGUUUUUCUUGUGCUUUCAAACUAUUUCAGCCAAAGUCCGUGGUGUCAGUUUGAGCUGACUCUCAUCCAGAAACGCUCUCUAGAGAAGAAGGAGGGUUACUUAGUGGUGGUUCUCCUGGAGGACAUGGAGGACCGGAACAUGACGUCAUCACUGUAUGCUCUACUGCAGACGACGACGUACAUCAAGUGGCCGGAGGAAGAGAGGGACAGACAGUUCUUCUGGGAUCGCCUGGGAAUGAGUCUGAAGAUAUAGAAUUACUUUGAUCACAAGACGAUGUCCCCUCACAGCAAAGCUGCCAGAAGCAAUGGUAGAUUUGAGCAGUCACAUAGUUGAGGACAGGCAUAUAUUUACAGUUAUAGAGACAAAUAUUUUUGUUUUAAUAUUACCAUGCUGAUAUUACAAUAUGUGUUCAAUCAAAUGCACAUUGGCACUAUUUAUUAAUAUCUGUUAUAUCUACAUACAAUUGUCUAACUCUUCAGCAUUGGAUAAGGUCCGGCAGCAUAAUACCAGUCCAUGUAUGUACUGUGUUACAUGCCCCUGGAUAUUCCUGCAACUGACUAGUGACCCUUUGUGGUCAGUUCUUGAUCCGUAUCCAAAUACCCCUGCAUGUAGAUAGUGUCUGAUCUUGUGCUGCUCCAUUCAAGGUCCAACCUUCUUGAAUAGCAUCAACAUUUCACGCACAUGAUUUGUAUGUUUUGUUUCGGUAACGGCGUGGCUUGAAAUUUCAAAUAAACCAACAUGUCGACAGACAUGCUAUAAAAUUGACCUUUCCCGUAUACUUCCCCGCCUUCAGGGCGGGGAAGAAUAAUAUUUUAUGUAAAGCACUUGUGUAAAUAAAACAUCUGAGAACUUCA